ACCCCUUGUCUCUUAGCAACCACGUGUGCGGCCCGGGGUGGGCCUCCCGAGCCUCUCCCUUACCAUGGCCGCGGCGAAUCCCAGCAUUUUCCUGCUCAUGGUAAACGGCCAGGUGGAGAGCGCCCAGUUUCCAGAGUAUGAUGACCUCUACUGCAAGUACUGCUUUGUGUAUGGCCAGGACUGGGCUCCCACGGCGGGCCUGGAGGAGGGGAUCUCACAAAUCACAUCCAAGAGCCAAGAUGUGCGGCGAGCCCUGGUGUGGAACUUCCCCAUCGAUGUCACUUUCAAGAGCACCAACCCUUACGGCUGGCCCCAGAUUGUGCUCAGUGUGUAUGGACCAGAUGUGUUUGGGAACGACGUGGUCCGCGGCUAUGGAGCAGUGCAUGUGCCCUUCUCACCUGGCCGGCACAAAAGGACCAUCCCCAUGUUUGUGCCAGAGUCUGCAUCUAAACUGCAGAAGUUCACAAGCUGGUUCAUGGGACGACGACCUGAGUACACAGACCCCAAGGUGGUGGCGCAGGGCGAAGGCCGGGAAGUGACCCGAGUCUGCUCCCAGGGCUUUGUCACCCUCCUGCUCAGCGUGGUGACCAAGGACAUGAGGAAGCUGGGUUACGACACUGGACCUGCAGAUACGCGGGGCGUCCCGGGGCCCGGCCUGCCCCAGGGCGUCCCCCGGUGAAGACUCUGGGUGGACAAGCACCCCGUCGCAAGUCUGGCUGGGCGGCCAAGCGGCCCCUCAGUGCACAAGGGCCUAUUUCUGGAGUCACAGCAGACCCA